AUGGCAGAACAGGCGUUUAGAAAGUUUCUUCCCCUCUUGGACCGAGUUUUAGUUGAAAGGGGUCCCGCCGAAAUUGUAAUCCACGGAGGCAUUGUGCUUCCAGAAAAAUCUCAAGGAGAAGGAUUGCAAGCAACAGUGGUGGCCGGUGGAUGGGGAUCUAAAGGAAAGGAUGGAGAGAUUCAACCAGUCAAUGUGAAAGGUGGAGAUAAAGUUCUUCUUCCAGAAUAUGGAGGCACCAAAGUAGUUCUAGAUGACAAGGAUUAUCUCUUAUUUAGAGACGGAAAGUAUGUAGACUGA